AUAAAAUUGAAUAAAUCAAAAUGAUUUUAAUAAAGUUUAUGGUUGGAAGUUUCGCAAUGUAUUGCGGUGUGUUGAUUUAUUCCAAUGCACAAAACAUCAUAAGUCAAGCACUUUUCCUUGGAAAUCCUUCUGCCUUCAAUACAACAAGAGAUGAUUGCAAGUGGAAGUAUGGCAAUGAAAGAGAUAUUUGUCCAGACCCAGACAUUAAUGUCAUACUUUACACGAGUGUAAAUGGUGGAAAGAAUCGCGGUAAAUUGUGGUUGGAUGUUGGAGAAACUGAUUGGCUUAGAAUGAGUGCUUGGAAUGGCAGCAAAGAAAACAUAAUCUUAGUUCACGGUUAUGCUGGUGGAGAUGAUUUACUACCGAUGGCAGUGGCUCGUGAUGCAUACCUUAAUCAUGGCGAAUACAACGUUUUCGUGGUGGAUUGGUCACCGCUGUGUCAACCUCCGUGCUAUAUCGCAGCAGUUCAUAACAUGAAAACAGUUGCGCAUUGUGUAGCGAAAAGCUUCACAUUUCUGAGAAAUGCUGGAUUGCGUCCGGAUAAAACGACUUGUGUUGGACAUUCAUUAGGUGCUCACAUUUGUGGUUUGAUGGCGAAUCAUUUGAAUUUCCGUUUGGAAAGAAUCAUCGCUUUGGAUCCAGCACGUCCAUUGAUUAGACCGGGAAAUAAUAAUCGAUUGGAUAAUGGCGAUGCUCGAUCAGUUCAAGUCAUUCAUACCAAUGCAGGAUAUUAUGGCGAAGGCGGCAGAAUUGGGCACAUCGAUUUUUGUGUGAAUGGCGGAAGAAGACAACCCUACUGCAGCAACACAACAAAUGUGAAUUUAUGUUCGCAUAUUUGGGCGAUUUGUUAUUUGGCUCAGUCAGUUUUCGACAGCAGUGAAAUGAUAGCUGAGCCUUGUCUCAGGAAAUGUCCAUCAGGUGUCAAUCUUGUUCCAAACACAUCAAAGCCUGGACGUAUUCCGAAAAGCCGUUACGGCUUUGCUCUAAAUUAUGGGAUUCCAAUGGGACAUUCAACACCGAAAUCCGCAAGCGGAUCAUUUUGUUUCAAAGGUUCCGAUCCGCCUUUCUGUCCAAAGCAUGCAAAUGACAUCGGCGAUAAAAGGUGCUGUUUAGAAGCACCAGAUCUUAAAGAAACUCACGUGGAAGUCGUGGUGAAAGUGGUGAAAAGAGAAGAAAAGUCCACGAUGAGUUUGUUAGUGAAAAACAAAAUAAUUUUCGUGAGCCUUCUUGUGAUAUUUAAGUUUAUCAAAGAAAUUUUCACGAAAGAGUUUGAACUUGGUCCAUGUUAUCUGAGCUUCCUCGAACCGUGUGCCAAUAAUUCGAUUCAAUUCUUUUUAUAUUCGAAUGAUACGCCAUUAAAUCAGCCGAUUCUCCUUGACAACCUUUCACCGAAUCUCGAGCUUGAUUACAAUGCAACGAUAAAGAAGAACUUUAAGAUGAUAAUUCAUGGUUAUGGUGGCCAUUUAGAUGCCAAUGGAUUCAAGCAAAUUCGAAACGCAUAUUUACGAAACCCAGAAACGAUGGUGAUCGUUGUUGAUUGGAGUCGAUUGGCAAGGCUUCCGUGCUAUCCAUCAGCUGCCUUGAAUACAAAGCAAGCUGGCGAAUGUACAGCUCAAUUUCUUUUAGGGAUGGAAGAGAACAAUGAAGGUUUUAAGGCAUCAAAUGUUCAUGCCAUAGGCUUUUCACUUGGCGCUCACGUUGCUUCUUUUGCAAGCAAUGCAAUUGAAAAGUCUUUAGGGGUCAAAUUCAAUAGGAUAACUGGAUUGGAUCCGGCGUUACCCUUUUUCGCAACAGCACGUCAACAUUGGAAACUCGACUCAACCGAUGGAAAUUUUGUUGAUGUUAUUCAUACGAAUUCGGGCGUUUACGGGAAAUUAGAAGCAUGCGGACACAUCGACUUCUUCAUGAACAAUGGGCAAUUUCAGCCGGCAUGUGUGAAGGCAAAAAGUAUGGAAUUACAAGCGGAGUAUGAAAACCUUUGUUCUCAUAUGAUGGCAUUA